CAUCGGGAAGAAGGUACAGGAGCCUGAACACUGUAACGUCCAGGUUCAUCAACAGCAUCUUCCCAACAGCCAUCAGGAUCUUGAACACCACAAACCCCAACUAAACCGAAAACUAACCUCAACAAUGAACCAUGAACAUUGAAUUCUCCAAUUUUAGGGACAAAUGCCGGCUGGAUUUUGUUUGGGCGGUCAGCCGUGCAGGACUGAAGUAAACACCGAUGCGGAGAGAGAAUCAUUUGGCCACCCUCGCUGUCCAAAGGGAAGAUUCAAGGUCGGGGAUAAUAAUUAACAAACGGCUGCCAAUAGGUAACUUAGUGGAAGGACUCGCCGGCCUGGAGUGUCGCAGCAUUCUUCACCGGGGAUUUGGACAGGAGAGGUUUUUGCAAGAUGAGGUUGUGGUCGGCCUACCUCCUGUGCGCUGCCGCAGUGGUCGGUGUGAGCGGGAGCCCGGUCCAACGCACGCCAACAGCCAAGGACGCCCUGCAGGCCGCCAUCUACAAGUACAAUGCGGGCUCCGGACAGGACAACCUCUACAAGCUCCUGAGAACGUACUGCAUCGCCAUCAAGUUAGUAACACAUGGCAAAGAAUAUGAGAUAGGAUUUACCCUGAAGGAGACGGCCUGUACUCGGGGGAUGGAGGACAUAAUGGAACAGUGUGAAUUCAUGAACAACGGGACCACGCUGACCUGUAACGCACUGAUUACGAUUCGAUUCCACGUCACGAAACCAGCAAGAACGGUCAUCAGCUGUACAUCGAACUGAAUGAAGAAUGUGCGAAAAAUGCAAUGAAGCGCUGCGAUGGAAGCCCAUCUCCAGCUGCAAAAUAUAUAUACAAAAUAUCACCCUUGGGUUUCCGCCCAGAUUUACCUGGCCUCCCGGUUGCUAAACACUUUAGCUCCCCUUCCCAUUCCCGCACUCACCUUGGAUAGAAGGAAUGGGAUCGCCCAUUCCUCCUCUCCAGAGAUGCUGCCUGUCCCGCUGAGUUACUCCGGCACUUUGUGUCUAUCUUCGGUGUAAACCAGCAUCUGCAGUUCCUUCCCAUUCCCACACUGACCUUUCUGUCCUGGGCCUCCUCCACUGUCAGAGUGAGGCCCAGCGCAAAUUGGAGGAACAGCACCUCGUAUUUCGCUUGGGCAGCUUACACCCCAGCGGUAUGAACAUUGACUUCUCUAACUUCAAGUAACCCUUGCUUUCCCUCUCUCUCCAUCCCCUCCAUCUUCCCAGUUCUCCUACUAGUUUGACCGUCCUUCUGAUCAAUAUUACUGAUUGUACUCCUCCUGGUCACCUACCCCUCAGCGAACCAUGAUCCGUUCUACAUUCUCCUCGACCUUUGUCGCCUUUGAUCUCUCGUUUUCACACCUCACCCUUCCAUAUCUCCAGACCCUCUCUCCCCUGUCACUCAGUGUGAAGAUGGGUCUUGACCCGAAACAUCACCCAUUCCUUUUCUCUAGAGAUGCUGUCUGACCCGCUGAGCUUUUUGUGUCUAAUGUAUAAACCAACACCUGCUGUUCAUUUCUGCACAGGUUAAUCUGCCGACAUCUCUUUGUGUGUUUGUAAGGAGCUUGCUAAACGGGAUUCCUUUUGAAGAGCGAUCGAUCAGAACCAGUUGUUAUAACCAGCUGUAAUCACUAUUAAAUGUCAAUUUGAUUCUGUGUUA